GGCGUAACAUGCGCUAGACCUUUCGAGUAUGAGUGAAAGUGUUAUUAGCGACUAUGGCUCGGAGGAUGUGGCUCAAACAAUUGCUAUCAUUACUCAACUGAAAGCGGAGAAUGUAGACCUGAAGAGGAACUUCGACAACCUGAAGGGCCUUCACCUGCAGCUGGUGGAAAGCAAUAAAACUCUGCAGGCUCGCUACGCCACCCUGUUUGACGACCGGAACAAUGUGGAGAAGCAGUACCAGUCGCUAUGCGAGUCCUGGCGCGUGGAGCUGGAGGAGAAGCAGCGCCAGCUGGACGCGGCGAAGGCUCAAAUCCUGGGGCCAAGGGACCUGGAGGUGCUGCGUGUGAAGCUGCUGGAGGAGGUGGAUGCGCCGUACCGCGCCAAGACCGACAACCUGGCCAAGGAGGCCGAGUCCUCCCACGCCGCCUACAUGAAGCUGCGGCGCGAGUACGAGGAGCUGCACAACACCUACCGCAGCCUGGAGGUGCGCACAGUGGGCGAGCAAGAGGCGCACCGGCUGGAGGCCACGGCACAGGCGCGGGAGCUGCGGGACAAGGCCGCGCUCAUCACCACACUGCAGGGCAAGCUGGCCACGUGCGAGACGCAGCUGCGCGGCCUGCAGCGCGACCUGGAGGCGGCGCGCUACAGCCACAGCCAGAUGAAGCAGGAGCUGGACGAGGUCCGGCGGCUGAAGGAGAAGGCGGUGGUGGAGCGCGAGCAGGCGGCGGCGCAGGCGGACAAGCGGGUCAAGGCGGCGGAGGAUGAGGCCGCCAACCUGAUGUCGUUCGUGGAGAGCGUCACGCGCAAGAACCGGCACCUGGUCACGGAGCUGGCGGAGAGCCAGAGGGCGGCGGAGGACCUGUUCGCCAGCAAUGUGCGCCUGCAGGGGGCGCAGACGGCGCUGCAGGGCCAGCUGGACAGUGCGGUGCGGCUGGCGGCCACGGAGAAGAGCGCGCUGCUGGAGGAGCACGAGGAGGCGAUCCGCAAGCUGGAGGACAAGGUGGCGGCGCUGCUGGGCGAGGCGGCGCGGCGCGACUCGCUCAUCAGCGAGCUCAAGCUGGCGCAGCAGGACGAGCUGACCCGCCUGGCCGCCAGCUGGGAGGCCAAGCUCGCGGACGAGCGGCGGGCGGCGGGCGACAGGCAGCGCGAGGCGCUGGACGCGCGGGCCGACAUGCAGGAGAAGCUGGCGGCUCUGCAGCGGCAGGCGGAGGAGCGGCGGCGCGAGGACGAGGCGGCCCUGCGGGCGGCCCAGGGCGAGGCGGACGGCGCGCUGCGGGAGGCGGCGGGCGAGCGGCAGCGCGGCGAGGGGCUGGCGCGGCAGCUGGCGGAGGCGGGCGCGGCGUUGGAGGCGGCCAGGGCGGAGGCGGCGGACGCAAAGGCCGAGCUGGUGAAGAGCCAGAUGACGGCGACGCAGCUGGUGGAGCGGCGGCAGGAGCUGGAGCAGCGGCUGCAGCGGGCGGAGGAGCAGGCGUUGCAGGCUCGCAGCACCCGCGACUCCCUGGCCGCUGAGCUGGAGUCUGUGCGGCGCGAGGCGGAGGAGGAGCGGGCGGCGGCGGCGCGGCAGGAGGCGGCGGGGCGGGCGGCCUGGGGGCUGGAGAAGGCGGCGCUGGCCAAGAGGUACCAGGCCGCCGUCAAGGAGAUGUCGGUACGGCACGAGUCGGAGCUGCGCCGGCUCAAGCGCAAGUCGCGGGGCGCGGUGGCGGCGGUGGCGGCGCUCACAGACGAGGUGGCGGACCUCAAGUUCAAGGCGGCGGAGGCCAAGCACGUGAGCCACAUGUCCGAGGUACUGUACCUCAACACCGCGCCCGCCACAGCCCGCUCCGCCAGCCCGUACAGAUCAGACGCCUAUAGCCCCGGCGGCGCAGCAACCACCCCCGGUCCGUACGGCGGCGGUUACGGCGGCGGUUACUAUUCGCCGUACUCGCCCGGCGGCGUGCGGCCGAUAACCGCCCCGUCGUUCUUGACCUCAUCAAUGGGCGGCGCGCCGCCGCCGAAUGUGGUGAUUGUGACGGGCGGGAAUGCCGGCGGCGGCGGUGCGAAUGGGGCUGGGGUGGCGGCGGCCGCGGCCGCAGGCGCGGCGGCGGGCGCCGCCGCUUCGGCGCAAGCCGCCGCCGCCGCUCAGCAGCAGCAGCACGGACACCCGCACGACGGCAGCGGCGGGGACAGCGGCGGCGAGGGCGCUGGCGGCGGCGGGCGGGUGGUUGAGGGGGCGAUUGGCGGCGGCAGCGGCGCGGGUCUGGUGGACUCGGCUCUGCUGAGCAGCAUUGCGGCGCUGCGGCAGCGGCAGCAGGAGUACAUGCACAUGGCGCGCAUGGGGCUGCAGCCGUGAUCAAGUACGGCAGGGUGUGGGUACGGCAUGAUGAUGCGGGUACGGCAUGCACAAUAGGGUGGCACGAGGAGCGUACAGGGGCUGGACUUUGUUGGUAGUCAAGAUGGCGCGUGCGUUACAUACGGAAUUACAGGUUUGGGUACAGUUAGGAGAGGGUGCUAUAGCGACUUCCUUGUCCUUGACGUGUCAAGAUGGGGGGGGGGGGUAGCAAGCGUCCACCGCUGCAAGGCGGUGGUGCGGCUGUACGGAACUUGUUGUGAGGGGAGAGCCAGGGCCUGCAACAAGGCCCCAAUGCAAUGGGGCGGGAGCAGCUGCAACUCGGUAUCUGUGCUGUGAGCCGGACAGACGGUGCGGCGUCACGGCGUGGACGAUCCACGCGAAUCCACGACAGCAAAGCUGUAAACGGGGAGGAGA